GCGCGUACCUGACUAACGGAGCUCUCUCGGUCAAUGCCCGGCAUUGCGACCACUAAACUAACGCCGCAUUUGGCCAGUGAGGCUCAAAUGUAAAGAGAUAUUUACAAACUGUCGUCAUAGCACAACGGUCAAUCUCCUAGUCGGCCUCUUUUUACGAGCUCUUCCCGCCUUUCCCCUAAUUCGUCUUGCUCUAGAAUGUAUCGAGAUUGUUUGAUAGCUGUUUUACUUCCCUAGAAUCACCUCAUCUUCCUGACGUAAAGAGUGACAUCACUUCCAAGAAUGCGGCUCUGCGCAACCCGAAUACCGCCGGCCCAACUCAUAGCAUCCAUACGAACGUUUACAGCGAUAGAAGCGCAAUCGACGGUCGGGACUCAGUGCUUACGCGUCGGCGGGAGGCGGCAGUAUGUGACGAGAAUACACAGGUCGCGGCCGAGGAGCCCUGCAAGUCAAUGCAGACCCCGCAUUCACAGCACUGCCAGCGUGAGACGACCGUUUGCUACUGUCAUGUCAAGCCCUGUUGAGACAACGCAAUCACCCGACGACAUUGGGCCCAUUCAAGAAUAUGACAGGCGAGUAGCCGCGGGGCGUCUGCGCGAGGACGAACACCAGCGUGGUAUCAUUCAGAGUCUGCAGAACCUGCAUGAUGAACUGGUACAUUAUAGGGCUCGCCCUGUUGUACACCCAAGUUUCGAGAGUUUGAAGCCGACAAAAUCGUUGUUUGGAUGGUUAGGAUCCAAGACUGUUGCCAAAGUUAUACAAGACAUCCCUAAUAACCUACCGCGUGGACUAUAUCUGUACGGUGAUGUAGGAAGCGGCAAGACUAUGCUGAUGGAUCUUUUCUAUGAUACACUGCCGAGCGCUGUCAAAUCUAAAACGAGGAUACACUUUCAUAACUUCAUGCAGGAUGUACAUAAGCGGUUGCAUCGUAUGAAGAUGGAGCAUGGGAAUGAUAUCGAUGCCGUUCCCUUUGUUGCCGCCGACAUUGCCGAGCAAGCAAACGUUCUAUGCUUCGACGAGUUUCAAUGUACCGAUGUCGCCGACGCCAUGAUAUUACGGAGACUGCUCGAGUCGCUCAUGUCUCAUGGCGUAGUUCUCGUCACGACCUCGAACAGACACCCCGACGAUCUAUAUAAAAAUGGAAUACAGCGAGCUUCUUUUAUCCCUGCAAUCCAACUCCUAAAAGCUCGCCUUCACGUCAUUAAUCUCGACUCGCCCACGGAUUAUCGCAAAAUUCCUAGACCACCUUCAGGCGUUUAUCACACACCACUUGACAGCCAUGCAGCUACGCACAUUCAAAAGUGGCUGCACUUCCUAGGCGACCCCGAAAACCCCGAACCUCACCCGGAGACUCAGAAAGUUUGGGGCCGUGAGAUCCACGUACCACGUGUCAGUGGGCGCUGUGCCUGGUUCACCUUCCAAGAAUUGAUUGGUCGUGCGACUGGUGCAGCUGACUACAUCGAGUUGAUGCGCAGCUACGACGCCUUUAUCGUGUCUGACAUACCGGGAAUGACGUAUCGCGAGCGCGACCUUGCAAGGCGGUUCAUAACAUUCAUCGAUGCAGUCUACGAAUCACACGCUAAACUAGUACUUACAACAGCUGUACCAUUGACCCAGCUGUUCGUGUCGCCCGAAGAGCUCGAACAAUCCCUGAAAAACAAAUCAGCCGAUGGCGAAAACGGCGACUUUGUCGGCCAAGCCGUGCAAGACGCGACGGAAAACUUGGAUGCCAACAUAGACAAGCUGGAGGACUCGGACUUGUUCUCCGGCGACGAAGAACGGUUUGCUUUCACGCGCGCGCUGUCUCGGCUGAGCGAGAUGUCGAGCAAAGAGUGGGUUGAACGCGGCAUGGGGCUCGAGAGCAAAGGGGGCAAGAAGGAAAAGGAUGAAUGGGCCAAAGUACGGAGUCGACAAAUGGAGGAUAGCAUGUAGACGGAUAGGCAAGCGUAACUCUCGUCGCUUCAGGUCGCAUCAUGCGCAAUGCCACAUUCAGCUUUUAACGAAAUCUUUUUUUUACCUGGGGGCCAUUGGUUAUAUCAUUUGAGG